GUUGAUAUUUCCAAAAACUUUAACUAGCUGUUUUAUAAAAGAAAACUAUAUGCUGAUAAAAUCAGCCAAACCGAACACAUCCAUACUAGUUAGAUGCCAUUUUCGCGUGUCUGCUCUGUUUCUUUUUCUCCCUACAGCCGGACAUAAACCAGCCCUCACCGACGCUUCCACCUGAAAAAAAUUGAAAAUUUCCAGAUCUGCUGUCUUCUUCCCUCCCCUGCCGCCGGUUUCAGCUUGUGUGGGUGUGAAAUUUUCGGCUUUUUUUGCUCUUCUCAAAUUCCCGCCAGCCUUGGAACCUGCCAAGCUCGGUUUUGCUUGCCAUAAUUUUCUGGUAGUGAGACCCGACGCAUGGGAAGCCCAGGGGAGUGACGAGCUAGACGGUUAGGCAUUAUUUGGACUUAGGUUUUUGUAGUUAGGCCGCUAGUCACCCAUGCUGACUUAGAAAUUUUUGUGUACAGAACUCCCUUAGUUAUAGUCAUGAUUGUAUACAUGAAGUUAUAAAUCCUUGUACAUUUUGACUAGUAAAUAAAUAGAAAAAAAAGAAAGAAAGAGAAACUAGUUAU